AUGGGAGUCAGCAGUGGUGGAUGCGAAGAUGCAAAGUGAGUUUCUCUUCGGAAAACAAUAACCGUAACACUUUGCAUUCAGGUCAAACUUUGAAAAAAUGCGCGAUUUUGUUCGCAAAAAGACGAGAAGGCCGAUUGACGACUACUACGACUGGGUUCCCCGUCCGGGCACUCAGUUCUGCAUACACAUGACGAUCCGGAGCAUCCAAACUGCCGCCGUCGUCGGCUCCGUUCUUGGCCCCGUUUCCGCACUUCUAAUGCACCGAAAUGAAAAGAAAGAACUUGUGUAAGACUAGCCUUCAGUUCACCGAUGAAUUAUUGCAUAUUUAGUGACGCUUUCGUGAUGGGUGGCUUGCACGGAGCACUGGUCGGAGCCGCUCUCGGGCCAGUCAUUUCACUGGCGACCUGUAAAAACAUGAACCACGUCAGGAAGUUCCAGAAUUUGGUUAAGAGCAAGUGAGUUCUAUUGCAAUCACUUCAGUAGAUAGAAUUGAAAUAUCAGAUUCGAUCACACUCAACUGUGGCAGGAUCACAUCGCAAUCGCCUCGGCAGCCGUCGGCUACAUCUCGAACGGCCAAAUCGGACUCGUCGUCGGUCUCGAUCUUUCUCUUCUUUUUGCAGUAGUAACUAGAAAUUGGUAGACAUGAGCAGAUAGAUUAUUGUGCUGUCUAGUCGCUUUUCAAUCUAAAUCUGUAUUUUAUUCCUCAAAGAAAAACAAAAACGGGAUUAUGCACUCACUAUAAAUCGGUUGCAAAAUUAGUAAAUAAUUGCUCAAACAUGUGAUUUUUAAUUGUGAUUGAAUAUACGGUCUCAUUCCGACUGACUAUCGCCUUUUGCUAAAAUUGAGAGGUUGCUCUCAUUUCCUUAAUUUAGAAUGAGCGCGGCUUGGUUCAAGAACUUCGUCGGACUCCAGACGAGCGAGUUCGAAAAGCUCCAAGUGCCCAAUCCUAACGUCGAGUUCGGAAUCCGUGUCACCAUCCGGAGCAUUCAAACGGGAGCACUCGUCGGAUCUGUGAUUGCCCCACUCUAUCUUCUGUUCAACGCGAAGGAGAAAACCAAGCAGAACUAUUUGUUCGUUUAUGACCGUUACUGUUCAGUUUACUCAUCCACUUUCUCUUUCAGCGAUUCGUUCGUUUCGGGUGGACAGAACGGAGCAGCACUCGGAGCUCUCCUCGGCCCUGUGCUCACAUUCCUAAAGAUUCGGGAGAUGAACAGUUUGUCCCUGUACGACAAGUGUUACCGUCUUCGGUGAGCCAAUCCCUACCCGAUAUUUUCAUUUUACUCUCUUCGCAGAUUCAAUGAGCAGGCUCUCUUCGAGGACAGAGCAGCCCUGCUCUCGGCAGCUGUCGGAUAUCUGCGCACCGGCUCCGUUGGCCUCGUUGUCGGGCUCGACGUCUCUCUCCUCAUCAGCAAACUGCGCGCAGGCCUCUUCUAG